GCUGGGUCCUGCUUCCCCCUGGUCUUGUCGAUGAGGAUUUUUAGACCGUGGAGACUACGCUGCCCUGCCCUGCACCUACCCUCACUCUCCGUGUUCUCACUAAAGUGGAAAUUGCCGUCCCUCACUACUGAAGAGACCAUGUGUAAAAGCGUGACCACAGAUGAGUGGAAGAAAGUCUUCUAUGAGAAGAUGGAGGAGGCAAAGCCGGCUGACAGCUGGGACCUCAUCAUAGACCCCAACCUCAAGCACAAUGUGCUGAGCCCUGGUUGGAAGCAGUACCUGGAGUUGCAUGCUUCAGGCAGGUUCCACUGCUCCUGGUGCUGGCACACCUGGCAGUCGCCCUACGUGGUCAUCCUCUUCCACAUGUUCCUGGACCGCGCCCAGCGGGCCGGCUCGGUGCGCAUGCGCGUCUUCAAGCAGCUGUGCUAUGAGUGCGGCACCGCGCGGCUGGACGAGUCCAGCAUGCUGGAGGAGAACAUCGAGGGCCUGGUGGACAACCUCAUCACCAGCCUGCGCGAGCAGUGCUACGGCGAGCGUGGUGGCCAGUACCGCAUCCACGUAGCCGGCCGCCAGGACAAGCGGCGGCACCGUGGAGAGUUCUGCGAGGCCUGUCAGGAGGGCAUCGUGCACUGGAAGCCCAGCGAGCAGCUGCUGGAGGAGGAGGCGACCACCUACACCUUCUCCCGGGCGCCCAGCCCCACCAAGUCGCAGGACGAGACGGGCUCAGGCUGGAACUUCUGCUCUAUCCCCUGGUGCUUGUUUUGGGCCACGGUCCUGCUGCUGAUCAUCUACCUGCAGUUCUCCUUUCGUAGCUCCGUAUAAGAUUCCGUGGUUGGGCCCAGAGCCUGUCGAGGGUGCCAGUUAGCUGAUGGAAGGGUAGAGGAGAGACGUGGGUUGAGAAUAGUGUCAACUUCUAGCGCUGGUGAUGCCACUGCCUCAGUGGGGCUCUUGGACAAAUUAUACAGUUUUUCCAUCUAUAAAACUUAGGGUUUGGGCGAGAUCAUUGGUUUAUCACAGUGAAACCCAGGACCCCAAAGUUCUGCAUAGGUGCCUCAGGGACUUUUGGAUUUGGAAAGUAGGCUAAGCUAGUGGGUGUCUCCAACUCCUGGUCUAACCACGCAUCCUCCAACUCCUACCUCCUCCUCUUGCUUUGAUCAGAACAGCUUUACUUUAGAUGGGGUUCCAUUUAAGAUUUUUGUACCAAAAAAAAAAAAAAGUUUAACUACUUUUCAAACGUUUGAAAAUUAGAGGACUGGGUGAUGUUAAAAGGGCUUUCCACAGUAAUGAGCUCGACCUUGCUUUUAUUAGUCCCUCACCCCUGCCCCGCAUGAUCUCCCACUUUCUCCAGCUGCAGCCUUAAAUUAGCUUCUUUGCCCACUCUGAGAGCCUCAUCUGUGAUUCUGCCUUCACACACGCAGCAGAGGUUUCCCUUGAAGUGCAAGAGGUGGGAGAUCAGGUUGUUCCUUUGCUGCCAGGUACACAGGGUCUCUUGCUUUUGUUUCUCAGAUUCCAGCUUCUUUCCACUCAGGGCAGAUUCUGGGGUCUGCCUGCCUGAAAGAUGGUGGUUGGGGUGGGGUCUCAUAGAGCUAGGCUUCUCACCCACUGCGUAUGAACUGGCAGAGAAUUUAGGGGAGGUUUGGGCAGACAGAGUUUUAGAAGCAAAGCACAAAAUCUCUGGGAAGCAUUAUAAUGGAGGGUCUUCAGAGUGCAGGGACCAAGUCCAGCAGAUUCUCAGCAGUGCUGAUGGCCAGAAUUCAGGAGCAGGGGCCUGGCCUCCUGGGUUCUUUGCUUAAAUUAUAGUUGAAUGGCUUUCCCACAUUGGUCAAGCCUGAGGCCUCUUGCCAAAGAUCAGUUGUCCCCCUAAAGCCACAGGGAUGGGUAUCUUCAGCAAGAGAGAGGGCGUUAAAGAUGUAAAAUGCUUUGUCCAUGGGGAAGUGCACAGAUAUGUGGGAGAGCCUUACAAGGCUCUAAAAUGAGAUGUGAUAUGGCUUGAAAUGGGAGGAGAGAAGACUUUCUGACAAUGGGGGUCUGGAAUGGAAUUGAUGCGGAAAGGCAGCAAGCUGCAAUUUUGAGGGGCCUCAUUUACCCCACCUGUGUUAACAGCUUGACUACUCUCCUCUUUAAUAGAAAGUCAUCAUCUGUAGUGAUGGAGGAAGGGGGAUCACUUAUAUAAAGAUAGGACACUUUAAUAAAGACAGGAUAUCUUCAGUAAGGCUUAGUAGUCAUUAAUGUGUGUUUGAGAUUCCCCCACUGUCCCUGAUCUGUAAUGAGCUAUUGGUCCCCUCCAUCCCACCACCCUGUCUACCCUUCUCUCCUUUCUGCGCCCCCCUCCCACCAACUGCCACAUGAGGCUCUAUCUAGCUCCAGUUCUGGGCCAGUCUUGUCCACAGUCAGGAAGGAUGGAGGUCAGUCAUUCAGGGGAUCAGCAUAAGAUCAGUUUUACUCCUAUCCUGGCUCAAAUUCAAGUAAGCAGCGAUGGCUUCCUUUACUUCAUUCACAAGUCCUGAUUUACUUGCUAGAUAGUAGGUAUUCAGAAUAUGCGGAUUAGAUGAAGAAAUGAAUACUGUGGGUGCAGCGGAAUAUAGGGGGUGCUCUCUGGUUUCUCAGACAUUUCUGCUUGCUGCAGAAGUUUUCAACCCCGGCUGUACUUCGGAAAUUCUGGGGAGAUUUUAAAGAAAUAUAAGUACUUAGCCUCUACCCCAGACCAAUGGGAUCAAAAUUUGGGGGAAGUGGGACCUGAGCAUCUGAAUUAGAAUAAAACACCCAGGUGAUCGACCUGUACUGCCUGGUGUAAUGCCUUCUAACUGAGGGAUAGACUUCCUUUUGCAUCUAGUUUUAUGAAAAAUGAGCCCUGAGAUCUUCCUUGAUAAUUUGCCCUAGAUUCUUUAGGACUGGGGCUCAGCUUUGCUUUCUCUAGCUGCCCUACAGACUCCCCAACCUGUGCUCUGGGGAUUUCACCCUCCCUCACACUCCCUUGCUCCUGCAGGUUUGCUGCUACAAUGGCUGUGUUCUGCUCUGAGAGUCUUUGCCACUGAGCUCUGCCACCCUUACUGGGACACUCAUAAAACUUGUUAUAAUUACUCAUCCCUGCUAGGAUGUAAGUUCCAAAAAGCAUAGACUCCAUGGAUUUCAUCCACCUCUAUUGAAUGCAUAACAAAUGUUCAAUAAAAAUGUAUUGAAUGAAUAAA